CUCUCUCUCUCUCUAGUCAAAGGCCUAGCUAUAAAUCUCCUUCCCUAGCUUACAAAAGGGCCGGCCUUGAUGAUGCAGCACCACCCCCCUCCCUACCACUAAAACCUCCUGCCCUCUUCCCUUCUUCUUCUCCUCCAUCUACCACUAACAAGAGGGAACAACUUACUACUAUUACUACUUGAUGGGGAGGUCUCCUUGUUGUGAGAAAGCUCACACAAACAAAGGCGCAUGGACCAAAGAAGAAGAUGAUCGGCUAAUAGCCCACAUCAGAGCACACGGCGAGGGUUGCUGGCGUUCUCUCCCCAAGGCUGCAGGCCUUCUCCGGUGUGGUAAGAGCUGUAGACUUCGCUGGAUCAAUUAUCUCCGCCCAGAUCUCAAACGUGGCAACUUCACAGAAGAAGAAGAUGAACUCAUCAUUAAACUUCAUAGUCUGCUUGGGAACAAAUGGUCUCUUAUUGCAGGGAGAUUACCAGGAAGAACAGAUAAUGAGAUAAAGAAUUAUUGGAAUACCCAUAUAAGGAGAAAGCUAUUGAGCCGAGGGAUUGACCCAGCAACUCACCGGCCACUUCAUGAACCGAACUCAAAUGUCACAACCAUCUCUUUUGCUGCUGUUGCUAAAGAGGAGAAUCUAGUUGAUGGGCUUGGGUUCAAAGAAGAGAAAGAAAGGUGCCCAGACCUCAAUCUUGAACUUCGAAUUAGCCCUCCUUGUCAGGAAUCUCUUAAGCCAUUGAAAAGUGAAGGUGGGAUGACUACAAGUUUUUGUUUCUCUUGCAGUUUGGGGUUGCAGGGUAAGGACUGCAGCUGUAGAAGUAACAGCAGUAGCAGUAGUAGCAGCAGCAGUGGUAGUGGUUUCCUAGGCUUGAAGAGUGGUAUUUUAGAUUAUAGAAGCUUGGAUAGGAAAUAAGAUUGAAUUUUGGACUCCUUUUUUUUUCUUCUUCUUCUUGAUAGACUAGAAUGGAGAGGAGAGACGAUGAAGAGAUUCUUGUUGAUGUAAAUCUCUCUCCAGCUUUCUCUUAAAUCUAAUCUAUUUUGUACAAGUAUAUUAGCAAGUAGUACAAUUAGAAACUGAGUUAUAAACUACUAAAAUGGAAUGUUUGUCUAUAUGUUUAAAUAGUAAACUCCUUCCCUUCCUUUUCUCUA